AGGUUUAACAAAUAAAUACUUUUGUUUCUGUGGUACUGUGUUCGCACGGCGUCAUAGAUGCCAAGAAUGUUUCAGGACAACACCCAAGAACAACAAGUGCUAAACUUCAAUGUACUUUCAUUUUCUCCAACUUGCACACUUGCAGGCGGCUCGUCAACAGCUCUUCAUAGACAGUUUUUAAAGUCAGCGAACUAAAGUUCAACGGAGCUGAACAUGGAACGCAUAGAACCAUACAUGUUCGUAGUGGAUAUGGCCUUGAACCUAUGUGCAACACUCAUCAAGAUGGCCAUGAAUGCAAAGGCCAACAAGGAGCGCUGCCAACAAGUUGCCCAGAGAGUGAAAGCACUGGAGGAACAAGUUCUUACCAUCAAGAAAGGAGGGUCGCGCCAAAUAUCUGCCACUGUGGAGAACGCCCUGGGGGAUCUCUGCAGAACUCUGGAAUCUGCCAUGGAGCUAAUGGCGAAAUUUUCCAAAACUAAUGCUUUGAAGGGCUUCUGGAAGUCCAGCAGCAAUGAAGAGAAGUUCUGGAGAGUAGACAAAAGUCUCACUGAUAACCUCCAGGUGCUGCAAUUGGCUCUAGUCAUUGAGCAGGGGGACACGCUGCACAAAGUGUAUGAGACUGUAACAGAAAGGAGACGGCCUCAUACUAGACCAUCAGCCCCAAUGUUUCAACCGAGCACCACGCCCCCAGAGACAAUGUCUAGCCCCACAACCCCUAAUCCUUUCCAAAACAACAUGCCCCCAGAGACAAUGUAUAGCCCCACAACCCCUAAUCCUUUCCAAAACAACAUGCCCCCAGAGACAAUGUAUAGCCCCACAACCCCUUAUCCUUUCCAAAACAACAUGCCCACCGUGACAAUGUCUAGCCCCACAACCCCUAAUCCUUUCCAAAACAACAUGCCCCCUAUGCCAAUGUCUAUCCCCACAACUCCAAUACCCGUCCCCUACAUCAUGUCCCCCAUGCCUCUACUUAGACCCAUGGCCCCCAUGCCUUUCUCCACCACCAUUGUCUCCAGGCCUGCCCUUGCUACAGUGCCCCCCAUUGUUAUCUCCUCCACCAUAGCCCCCAGGCCUGUCUUACGCCUCAUGGCCCCGGUGCAAGCACCGUGCACCAUGGCCUCCAUGCCUCUCACCAGAUCUUUUGCCCCAAUGACUUUUCUACCACCAAAUACAUCUGUUGUAAGAACGUAUGUGGUCAACAACAACUCUUUUUUCCCCUAAACAAAGGAAACACGCUUUAAAAAGUGUAUUGUUAAAAUAUUUCAGCGAUGUGUGGGGACAAAGAGGGAUGGGCCGGAGAAAGACAUCUAGUGGUGUAGCCCCCUGGAGACAAGAACCCCCCAACAAAAUAUUCUUCUUCUUCUUCUUCUCAUUCUUCUCCUUAUAUAUUGGGGCUGUCAAAGUUAACGUGAUAAUAACAUGUUAACGCAAAUUUGUUUUACGCCACUAAUUUCUUUAACCCAACUUGC